AUGAGAGGACGAACUGUAUUUCCUAUAAACACGUCCUCUUGGAAAAGCACUUCUUAUGUUCAAAUUAACAUAUAUGAUACAAAUCUUCAGGAACUUCAGGAGGAGGGGGUUGAUAUCAAGCAUAUACUGCAACAUAUUGGCUAUCGCUCUGUUGUCAUGGAAGUUCCUAUUUUGGCUGACUUGCAAAGCUCCGCGCGACAACCUUGUGCCCGCCGUGUCAAGUCGUUUAGUGGGUUCUAUGGUGCAUGCGGCAAUAAGGAAGGCCACCAGUCCGCGGUCGCCACAACUGAAGCGACUGUUUCUGAAAAUAUUGGUCGUGGAAGACUAGUGAAGGAAGAGAAUGACUGCUGUGCCGGACCUAUAAAGCACGAAGACUUGGGUGUCGAUGAAGUUGCGGUAAACGAAGAGUUCGCUGUGGACGCCAUGUCAACCAGUUCUUUCGGAAUUCCUAAUUCCGUUUCCGAUGAACAUGGAGGCCCUUUGACGUCAACUCCAAUGACUGACAAACGCGGAAGUUGCUUUGAAGACUUCAUUGGUGGGAGGUCUUGCAGCGCAUCGGGACUCACAGCAUGUCCGAAUCCGGUAAAAGCAUAG